GAAUCUCAUUCAACAGUGUUUGUUAAUACUUAGAAAUGGAUUUAGAUGAAUAUCUGUUAGAGGAAGAUCUCUACUGUUGUGUAUAUAAGAAGAUGUUCAGAUGAUAUUCUUCACACAUCAAUCUCUCAUCCAACUCUGAGAUCUUGAAGCUCAACACAACUUCUCCAGGAUUCAUUUCUUCACAUCAUCUAAAACAAUGAGACAUCUGAUGGCUUUGAUGUUUCUGGUGAUCUUCGGCUCUCUGCAGCUGACUACAAGUGCUCCAGUUGCCCCUGGUUUAGCCAAAUCAAUAUGCUGUGUUAAGUUCAGCAAUGCACAGAUUCCUCUGAAACUGGUGAAGUCGUACUAUAAAACCGACAGCAGCUGCUCCAAACCAGCGAUUGUGUUUCAGACUGACAAAAGGUUGAUCUGUGUAGAUCCAGAAACCAGCUGGGUGAGCAACCACAUCGCCAAAGUGGAUAUGAAAACUUCAACUAGCACAACAACUACAAUUACUACAGUACAAAAACCUAAACCAACACAGUCUUUAUAAUCUGUUUAAACUAAACAUCUUGUACAUAUACUUUACUCCUAUAUAGGUUAUUAUUUGGAAAUGAUAUACUGUAUGAUGACAAUAUUUUUUACUAAAUAUUCGUAACUUGUCUAAAUAAAAUAUAUAUUUUUACAUUUUAUACUCUUUUUAAUAAAAUUUUGAUAAUAAA